CCUCGGUGUCUUUCUACUAGGUUGGGUGAUAAAUUAAUUUCUGACGGCCAAUAUGUUUUAUUCUUCUCACAAGAUAAAAGCUAAAGCAUUAACCCCCGAUCGCCGUAGUUGAACGAAUCGUGAGAUUGCGAAACCCGCCUGCGUUUCGUAGAUCGAUCGAUUACUCAUUUGGUGGUGGUUCUUCGGAUCAGGGGAUUGGCGCAUCCAUUGUUUUCGCUCAGCAAUUGUUGUUUUAAAAUAAAGUUAUAGAGUAAGUGUUUAGCUAGAAUGUUCUUGUUCGAUUGGAUUUAUGGCGUCCUCGCGUCGCUCGGCUUGUGGCAGAAGGAGGCCAAGAUUCUGUUCUUGGGGCUCGAUAAUGCCGGCAAAACGACCCUCCUUCAUAUGCUGAAGGACGAGAGAUUGGUGCAGCAUCAGCCCACCCAGCAUCCAACUUCAGAGGAGCUGAGUAUUGGUAGGAUCAAAUUCAAGGCUUUUGAUUUGGGAGGCCAUCAGAUUGCUCGCAGAGUUUGGAAAGAUUACUAUGCCAAGGUGGAUGCUGUUGUUUACUUAGUGGACGCCUAUGACAAGGAGAGGUUCGCAGAGUCAAAGAAAGAAUUGGAUGGUCUCCUCUCGGACGAGUCAUUGGCGAAUGUUCCAUUCUUGAUAUUGGGUAACAAGAUAGACAUCCCUUAUGCUGCAUCUGAAGAUGAGCUGCGAUACCACCUCGGCCUUAUGGGCCUCACUAGCGGAAAGGGAAAGGUAAACAUUGUAGAUCAAAACACGAUGCGCCCCAUUGAGGUAUUUAUGUGCAGCAUCGUCCGCAAGAUGGGCUAUGGAGAUGGCUUCAAAUGGGUCUCGCAAUACAUCAAGUAGAAGAAGAAUAAGAAGAAGAAGAAGCAGCCUCCCAUCAAGUUUGUUGGGAAGAUGAUGAUGAUGAUAAACAAGAAGCUUGAGAAAAUCCCAGCAGGAAGGCAGGCAGCCGCUAUAGCUAUAGGCAAAAUUAGUAGCAAAAACAUCCCAAUUAACCUCGCCCUGUCCUUCAAAUAUGCCACAACACUUGAGCGAGCACAUCAAAGCACGCAUACGCUCGAUGUUGGAUUAAAAAUUCAAUUGUGGGUUAAAUGUAACUAGUUGGGCUACCGGUCAGGUUAAACCUAUAUUAAGUGAUUUAUUAAUUUAUUAGGGCUUGAAUGUAUUUAGUAAGUGUAGGGUGCAGAAACUCGGUACUUAUUAAUUAGGUGAUGAAGCCAAUUAAUAAUAAGGGAUAUAAAUUAGAAUUGUGAUCCCAGGUCUAGACGCAACAACCAUUACUUUUCAUAUCUCAUGGUGGAAGUGAAACCCUAAAGGUUUUUCUAGGGAGGGGUGGCGUCAUAGGUUUGAAAAACACAAAAUUCUCUAUCAAUUUGUAGAUCCAAGUAUGCGUGCCCUAAGAAAUCAUGUUAGAUUUAAUUGCUUUAUUUUAUUAUCUCGAUUAUUUCAACACGACAAAUUUGGGUUUAGGGUUUAAGUCUGAUAAGUUUCAAAAGAGCAGUUACGUGUUAAAUUAUUGAUAUAUUUAUUAGACGAAUGAUAAGUUCCACAUAUUCUGAUAUUAUUCUGUGUUCAUUCGAUCAUCAGUCUUCUGCAAUUGGAUUUAGAAUUGGGUGGGAAAGUAGGAAUUACAGUAUAACUAUGCUGUGACUCUUAGAUAUAAAUUCAAUUACUUGCUUGUUAGAUUGACGUAUGACUAAGUUUGACUGGUUGGAAGAAAUCAUUCUCAAUAUUUAGAUUUGGCAUGAUUUGAAGGAUCCUUAGUACUUCAAUUUGUUAUAUUGUAGAUAAUUACUGUUUUAUUGUAAUAAAAGUAUAUUUCAAGUGCAUCGCUGAAUAAAGGUUUAUUACUGGUCAGAGGUCUUUAUCAAUAUACAUGUGGGUUUUUAUUAUAUCAAAGGAAUUCACACGUGCAAGUGCGUUAAUUUUUUAUUGCCAAUUUAUAAUCAUAAUUAUGUUUGUGCACUUAUAUUAAAUUUAUGUU